GCCCCCACCCCACGCCCGGCAUAGGCGCCCUCUGUCCGGUACCGGUGCCCCCCACCCAGCCCUCCACGUCCAUGGAGUUCCCGGCCACUCUCUUCCCCUCCUCCUUCAGCACCGGCCCACCCCGGGACGAGGGGGGCCCUGCUCCGGCCGCUGGUUGGGGCGAGUAUGGGCAAGUGCUGGAAGCCGGCCGCGGCCACCACCAGGCUGAGACAAGAUUUGUGCCCCGCCAUGGCAGAACUGGCGAAAGCUGGGAACCCGCUGAUGUUGCUGCUGUGCCCUUCCUGCCUCCCAAUGCAACCUGCUGGCUUCCUUUGCUUGCGCCUCAGGACAUCCUUUACCGCAGCUUUCUGCACAGAAAGCUCCAGGCAAGCAUCUCUGGACCGGCUGUGGAUUUCACGAAGCAGCUGAGCCACUUCUUUGUGGAUCACCCAGAAGACGCGUUUGGCUCCCUGGGGUGCCUGCUCCACAAGAACUUCCACCUGGGUGACUCCGGUGUGAAGAGAGAAGCUCGGGACAACACCAUCCGGAUGACGGCCCUCAUGGAAGAAAUCAACCGUCUGGACGCCAGGCGUGGCUGCCCCCAGAAGUAUCUGGCCUCCCGCCUGCGCUGGUUCUCCCAUCUGUCCCGUGACUGGCUCUUCGAGGUGCCAAUAGGGCUGCUGGCAGACUGCGUGCAUGAGGAGCUGCUGCUGCAGUGGGCCGGCCUGCUCUUCGAUGAUGGUCCUACUGGAGGGGCACUGGCCUGGCUGCCUGCUGAAGACACAGGAGCACGCACAGGCCGCCUGGUGUACCCUGGAGGGCAGGCCAUGAACCAUCUCUAUUUCCAGGACGUGGUGCUGAAGGAGUUGCCCAGUGCACGAGGCUCCCCUGCAGAGUUUGAGCUCAAUGGGCGCAUUCGGCAAGUAGCUGCUGCCCGGACCAACGGGGAAGAUUUUGUUGGCGUCCGCUCAGACUAUCACUGUGGCAUUUGGAGGGUGCCAGGCAGGACAGGGGCAGCCCCCACCCCACUGCAGGUCAUCCGCACCAGCAUGCCUGCCUCCUGCCUCACUGUCAGCCCUCACAUCCCUGGGGAGCUAGCUGUCUGCACCCAAAGUGGAUCUACCUACCUCUGGAACAUCGAGAAGGGGCUGCAGCGGCUCCGUCAUGACUCCCAGACCAUGUUUUUUCGGGACCAUUCGCCCUGGCGUUGGUGUGACUUCACUGCCCACCCACGGGUGCUGAGCUGUGCCGACCGCACCGGCCUGCAGUGCCUGGAUGCUCGGGCCCCUGAGAGGUGCCAGUUAGACUUGUUCAAGGUGGGCGAGGAAGCCAGCUGCCAGCAGGGUGAGCGUGUGGUGCUGCCCAUGUACCUGGGCAGGGCUCACCCCUCCCAACACCUUGUCACCACCCAGUUCUCCAUGUACGUGGUAGACGAGCGGUUGCCGCUGGUGCCUGUGUUGAAGUGGCUGCACAUGAUGAAGGCCCCCCCUCUCUUCGCCCACCUGACACCAGGGGACCCUGGAAGGAGCCAUAAACUGCUGCUUGGCGCAUCCCGCACCCAGGAGAUGAUGCUGCUGCAGUACCAGGGAGGUGGCCAAUUGGCCUGCCGGCUGGUGGGACCUCCACAGAAGCUGCACACCAUCACCGGCUGCCUGGAGCACUUUCCCACCCAGCUCCCACACCGCCACUGCCUCCUCCAGCAGCGCCUUGGCAUCCCAGCUGCCGGGCUGGCUGCUGUGCUGCAGAAGCAUGGGCCACGGGAAUCCCUGCUGGUUUUCCAGCUCUCCGAGGCUGGGGACAUCUUCUGCCAGAGGCUGACCCAUGAGGUGGCUCAACCCCUGGCACGCACCUCAGGGGACAAGCCCACAGCAGCCCCUGGCUCUUCGCCGCUCUUCGAGGAUCCAGCCAGCAGCCCACAGCACUUGGGCAGCGAGGAAGAAAAAGAAGAGGAAGAAGAGGAUGAACAAACCUCCUACUUGUCCAACCUGGAAGUGAUGAUCAACGAGGAGGAGGACGGGGGCAGACCAGCAUUCCUGGAGGAAGCUGAACUGACCCAGGAGCCCUGCGCCAGCCCCCAGCCUUCCCCAGUGGUGUUGAGCGAGGCUGUAGCCCUGCGGUACCGCCGCUGGCUGAAGGCCCUUUCCAAGCGCUGUGGGGAGCCUCCCUGGCCCUCCUGUCCUACUACCUGUGGCCAGAAGCGCCUCUUCACCCGUGAAGAGCUGCAGACACAGGCGGGACCCAGCAUUCUGCACCAGCAGGCACGGCAGCGGAUGCACCAGGCCAUGCGGGAGGGGGGCCGCAUCCAAUGCUGGGACCUCCUGGACAGCCAAAGUUCUGCCAUCCUGAAGCCGCCAGAGCCAGUGGAGGGUCCAGACUCCUUGAGCGCCCGUCUGACGGCGGCGUGGUCUGGGGACUGGAGCCAGUGGUGGGAAGAGAGGACGAGCUUCUACAGGACACAGAGGCAGCGGGCACUGCGGGAGCGGCGGCGGCGGCAGAAGCGAGCCCGUGGCCGGCGCAGCCUUUCAGCCAGCUUCACCUCUUCCCUCACCUACCAGUCAGAGCUGUCUGAGCUGAGCGACACUGGUCUGCCGCCGCUCUCCCCCACGCCUCCUCAGGAGGGCUUCCCACCAAGAGGCAGCCCCCCACCAUCACCAGUGCCCGACGAAGCCCUGCUCUCCUCACAGAGCCUGCGCAUCCGUGGCAUCCCUAAAGAGCGUCGAAAGACGCUGCGGGACUACUUGGGGGUAUGGACUGAGAGUCCCCUUGAGCCACCAGAGCUCCCUAGCAGCCAGGUUAGCCAGCUCUGCAUACCCUCGUCCCAGAGUCAGCUCUCCUCUGCUUCCCAGACCCGCCGCAAGCGCCCACGCAUGGGCUUCUGAGCACCCAAUAAACCCCUCUUCUGCACCAGGUGCCCUC